CCCUGGUUCCCGAGAACCCCCCUCCAGGCUGAAGGCAUUGCAGGCAGUCCAUGCUCCCCGGGGACGUGUGCAGAUGGGAUUAACGUCCACAUGGAGAUACGGACAAGGACCGGGGAUUGGCACCGGAGCCAUGGUCAGCUGGGGCCGCUUCCUCUGCCUGGUCAUGGUGACCAUGGCAACUGUGUGCCUGGCCCGGCCCUCCUUCAAUUUAGUUGAGGAUACCACCUUGGAGCCGGAAGAGCCACCAACCAAAUACCAAAUCUCCCAAGCGGAAGUUUCUGUGGUCGCGCCAGGGGAGUCGCUAGAGUUGCGCUGCCUGUUGAAAGAUGCCGCCGCGAUCGGUUGGACUAAGGAUGGGGUGCACUUGGGGCCCAACAAUAGGACAGUGCUUAUUGGGGAGUACUUACAGAUAAGAGGUGCCACGCCUCGAGACUCCGGCCUCUAUGCUUGUACUGCUGCUGGCACUGUAGGCAGUGACUCUUGGUACUUCAUGGUGAAUGUAACAGAUGCCAUCUCAUCCGGGGAUGACGAGGACGACACGGAUGGCGCUGAGGACUUUGUCAGUGAGAACAGUAACAGCAAGAGAGCGCCCUACUGGACCAACACGGAGAAGAUGGAGAAGCGGCUGCACGCCGUCCCCGCCGCCAACACGGUCAAGUUCCGCUGCCCGGCAGGGGGGAGCCCGACCCCGACCAUGCGAUGGCUGAAGAACGGGAAGGAAUUCAAGCAGGAACAUCGCAUCGGAGGCUAUAAGGUACGAAACCAGCACUGGAGCCUUAUUAUGGAGAGCGUGGUCCCGUCUGACAAAGGAAAUUACACCUGCGUGGUGGAGAAUGAGUAUGGAUCCAUCAACCACACGUACCACCUCGACGUUGUGGAGCGAUCACCGCACCGGCCCAUCCUCCAGGCAGGACUGCCUGCCAACGCCUCCACGGUGGUGGGGGGUGACGUGGAGUUUGUCUGCAAGGUGUACAGUGACGCACAGCCCCACAUCCAGUGGAUCAAACACGUGGAACAGAAUGGCAGCAGAUACGGUCCUGAUGGGGCGCCCUACCUCAAGGUGCUCAAGGUUUCUGCUGAGUCGAGCUCCUCCAUGAACUCCAACACCCCACUGGUGAGGAUCACCACCCGCCUGUCCUCCGCGGCCGACACCCCCAUGCUGGCGGGCGUCUCUGAGUAUGAACUUCCAGAGGACCCCAAGUGGGAGUUUCCCAGAGACAAGUUGACACUGGGCAAACCCCUGGGGGAAGGUUGCUUUGGGCAAGUAGUCAUGGCCGAAGCGGUGGGGAUCGACAAAGACAAGCCCAAGGAGGCAGUCACCGUGGCAGUGAAGAUGUUGAAAGAUGAUGCCACAGAGAAGGACCUCUCGGAUCUGGUGUCAGAGAUGGAGAUGAUGAAGAUGAUUGGGAAGCACAAAAACAUUAUCAAUCUCCUUGGCGCCUGUACACAGGAUGGUCCACUCUACGUCAUUGUCGAGUACGCCUCCAAGGGGAACCUCCGGGAGUACCUGCGAGCCCGCAGGCCGCCCGGCAUGGAGUACUCCUAUGACAUCAACCGUGUCCCCGAGGAGCAGAUGACCUUCAAGGACUUGGUGUCAUGUACCUACCAGCUGGCCCGGGGCAUGGAGUACCUGGCUUCUCAGAAAUGCAUUCAUCGAGACUUAGCAGCCAGAAACGUUUUGGUCACAGAAAACAAUGUGAUGAAAAUAGCAGACUUUGGCCUGGCCAGGGAUAUCAACAAUAUCGACUAUUACAAAAAAACCACCAAUGGGCGGCUUCCGGUCAAGUGGAUGGCUCCAGAAGCCCUGUUUGAUCGGGUGUACACGCACCAGAGCGAUGUCUGGUCUUUCGGGGUGUUGAUGUGGGAAAUCUUCACGCUAGGGGGCUCGCCCUACCCAGGGAUUCCCGUGGAGGAACUCUUCAAGCUGCUGAAGGAAGGACACAGGAUGGACAAGCCGGCCAAUUGCACCAAUGAGCUGUACAUGAUGAUGAGGGACUGCUGGCACGCGGUGCCUUCCCAGAGGCCGACGUUCAAGCAGUUGGUGGAAGACUUGGAUCGAAUUCUCACUCUCACCACCAACGAGGACUACUUGGACCUCAGCCAGCCUCUCGAGCAGUAUUCACCCAGUUACCCUGACACAAGGAGUUCUUGUUCUUCAGAUGACUCUGUGUUUUCUCCGGACCCCAUGCCUUACGAACCAUGCCUUCCUCAGUAUCCACAUGGAAACAGCACUGUUAACACAUGAACCGAGCCGGCCGCCUGUCCCCAUGCGGGGGCAGCGCCGGCAUCCUGCCCGCCCCGAGCAGGGAGGCCAUGCCUCCCCGAGCUUGCUGUCUCUGCUUGUCUGUGGAUCCGAGGAGUGAGUCAUUGUAAACGCAGUCGGCACGCAUGGAAAGCCGCGGAGGCCUGGAAACACGUGAUCUUUGCUGCCAGCGUGUCUUUGGGGCCACGCACAGCCAUGCAGAGCCUCUGACCUGCGUGGUACUGGCUGAGGACCACUGGGGACUUGAGGCAGACCCAUGUUCUGCCAUCCUUGUUAAUUUUGUAAUAAUUGGGGAAAAUAUAUGUCAGCACACACUUACAGAGCACAAAUGCAGUAUAUAUAGGUGCUGGAUGUAUGUACAUAUAUUCAAAUUAUGUAUAAAUAUAUAUUAUAUAUUUACGAGGAAUUAUUUUUUGUAUUGAUUUUAAAUGGAUAUCCCAGUGCACCUAGAAAAUUGGUCUCUCCUUGUUUUUUUUUUUUAAAAAUAGCUAUUUGCUCAAUACUGUUCUUACAGAGAAUUUCUUAAAUUUCACCGAGCAGAGGUGGAAAAAUACUUUUGCUUUCAGGGAAAAUGGUAUAACAUUAAUUUAUUAAUGAAUUGGUAAUAUACAAAACGAUUAAUCAUUUAUAGUUUUUUUUGUAAUUUAAGUGGCAUUCCUAUGCAGACAGUGCAGCAGAAUGGUUCAUCUGUUGCGUGGACUUGACUGGUCAUUAGAACCUUUGGAAAGAGAAGUAUUUACAAUAUAUGACUAAUUUGG